AUGGGUAACGACGGCGGCUCAAUACCCAAACGCCGCGAGCUGGUCAAGAACGCUGCUCGAACGCCGACAGUGUCCGAACUCAAAGCGACCAUUCUCGAAUCCUUGGGCCACGCCUGGUCGCAUUGUGCGCUCAGCGAUGCGCCACUCGACAUGGACACGGCAGUCUCGGACGCGUCCGGCCGGCUAUACAACUACGAGGCCAUCUUGAAGCACCUGAUGCCGGACCAAGACGUUGCCGACCCCGUCGCUGCUCCGACAACAAUUCGUUCUCUCCGCGACAUCGUGCGGCUCAAGUUUCUGAACCGCGGCGACAAGUGGAUUUGCCCAGUCUCAUCAAAGGAACUAGGCCCGGCGACGCGAUCGGUCUAUAUCGUACCGUGUGGGCAUGCCUUUGCCGAAGUCGCCAUUACUGAAAUCAAGGAAGACCUCUGUCCCGAAUGCAGCGAGCCGUUUGAGCGCGCAAACGUUGUCGCGAUCCUGCCCACGACCGAGAAAGACCUGGCGCGACUAGUGGAGAGGAUGGAGGACCUCAAAUCGAGGGGGCUGUGCCAUUCUCUGAAGAAAGAAAAAUCUGAAAAGAAGAAGAAGCGUAAAGGUGGCGAUAUUUCCCAAGAAAAUGGAGGCAACGGUGACGAAAGCGCGACAGCUGGAAAUAAAAAGGCAAAAAAAGCAGAUGCCAGGAUAAGCGGUAUCAAUAAUCCCAUGGCUGCCGGCAUCACCGCGCGUGUACUCGCAGAGCAGGACGAGAGGAACAGGCUGCGGCAGCUGGCACAGACUGGCUCACAAGGUGGUAGAAAUGGAAGGCACUGA